AUAUUUAUUUUAAGGUGAAUUAUAUUUUAGAAAAUGACGGCUGUAUUAAAAAAGAGGGCUUUAGCAGAAUAUAGUCAUACGAUUCAAGAACCACCCUUACAAGUUCCAACCAAAAAGUUAAAAUUAAUAAAUAAACCAGCAGCCAGUAGCCCCGUAUUAGCGCUUAUUAGUUGUCUCGAAAGUUGUAAGAAUAGUAGAGAAGUCUUACGUACAUUGCUAAGGACAUCAGACAACUUUGAACUUUCUACCUCGGACAUUCCAGAAGUGUUGAAGAAGUUAAGUGAUCAUUUUAAAUUGGAAGCAGAAUCUGCUGUUAGAGUGAAAAUACUGUCACUUUUGUUGGAUAUUGGUAAAGAACCAAGUGCUGAUAUAAUAUCUAUCAUAGAUGAAGCAAUUAUGCUAAUAAAAAAUGAAGUUUCACAUAAGGUGAUUGCACAGGGCAUCAAUACUAUAUUAAAUUUAGGAAAACUAGUGACAGACAAUGUAUCAUUACAUUAUAAAUUGGUUGAAAUUGCUAAAAAUUACUUGAAAGAUGUUAGUCAUGCUGUUAAAUGCAAAUGUUUAGAAACAAUUGGAGUUUUAAUACCAGUUUGUACUGGAAAUGAAGCUGAUAAAAUAUUAGAAUUGGUUUCAUCAUAUUUUGAUAAUGAAGAUGCACGAGUUAGAAGCCAGGCAUUUUCUACCACCAUUGCAUUACAUGAAAGGGGUAUCAAAAUUAAUCCAAAUGUUUAUAAAGAUGUGUGUAACUGUUUAAAAGAUGAUUAUGAAAUUGUAAGAAAAGUUGUACUCAAAUUGGUUUGGUUGCUUGGUAUUACAUAUCCUGAAAUUGUUGUAACAUUACAAGACAGUGAACAGGAAAUUAGACUCAUUGAUGAUGCUUUCG